AUGGUUCAAGGAGGAGCAAAACAAAAUUCAAUAACAAAUUAUUCAUUUGAUAAAACGAUGAAGUACGAUAUCAUCGAAUUAUUUUUCAGGGAUCCAUCACGGAAAAACGUACAAGAUAAAAAAACUAUGACGGAAAAGGAUAAAAAAGAUAAACUCAAUGAAAAAAAUCACUUGGGGUCAUGGGGUCCAGUUUUUAAAAACAGGGAAAAUUUUAACGAAAUGCAUUUUUGUUAA